UAACUUUUCUUUUGCUUUUAUAAAUGUUUGCUUUGAUUUGAUGGGGAACAAGCUCACGGAGAGAAAGAGUGACACUCAUAGAUAUUAUAUAGUGAGAGUGUGCGUGUGAGAGAGAGAGAGAGAGAGAGAGAGAGAGAGAAGCACACAGUGAAAGAAUGCAAUCUCACAAGAAAUGGAGUGAUUUGAUGAGGAAUGAAGGAAAUGGUGGGUGGAGAACAGUGGAGUGUUUGAGAGGGAGGUUGCUUGCUGAGAGAGUGGCAUCCAAAGCUGCCAAGGCUCAAGUGGAGCAACUGUCCACAAAGUUGGAUGAAUUGGAGAAGCUCAUUGCUAAAGAGAUUGAGAGCAGGGACAGAGCUGAAAGGAGGUUGAAGAAUGCUCUGAAGAAGUUGGAAUCUUUGAAGCUUUUUGAUGUUUCUGGAAGUUCUGUGAGCUCUUCUUCUGAAUGUGUUUCCUUGAUGAAACAUGAUUUGGGAAAGCUGGAAACCAGACAAUCAGAUGGUGAGGAGGUUUCAGGUAUUUCCUCAAUUGAUUCCUCUAUUCAAUCAGGUUCUCAGGAAGGGAGUUGGAGCUCAGUGGGCACUGGGCAUUCUCAUACCAAGGAAGAGCAUUCUCAUGUUUCAAGACAACAACAUGACAGUGUGAAAGAGCUAAAAGCAGCAGAAGAUCAGACUAAAUACGAAGAUGAUUCACUAGCAUUAGUUCCAUCAAACAUGUGGAUCAACACAAAUGCAAAGAAACCGGAAAUGAGAAACGAUGCACAGGAGGUACUCAGAGCUCUCCGGCGUGUCAAACAGCAACUACAAAACUCAGUAGACCAAAGAAGAGCUGUUGUUUCCUCUCCGAAAGAGUUAUACGGUCAGUGACCGAUGACAAAAGCCGUGUUCCAGCUCCUUGAAACAUUGUUGUCGAUCCAUUUCACUCGAAUGUUAUAUAUAGUUCUGAUCUUGCAUUUCUCUGUUGAUUAAUAAGCUAUGUACAGCCUUGUUAAACAAACUUUGCGAACGAAGAUCUCAGCCUCUAUUGAUUGCAAUAACACAUUCCAUGUUCUUAUAUUGUUUAACAUGUAAAAUGACAUUUUUACUCUUAACAAC